GAAUUAUCAGUUACCGGUGGAAGCUUAUCCAGGCAUUGCAUAAGUUUAGCUCCGAAUUUUUUGGUUCGAGAAAACACCCCUUGGUGCUUUAACAUUCUGUCGUCAGGAUCAGCGUUCCGAUUCAAGGAUAAACGACGAUAACUUCCUUGUUGUGCGUGGAGAAAAUUAGCAUUGUUUUCAAAAUGAUGAAGUGCGUGCUUUUAUUGGCUGUGCUGUGUGGUAUCAGUGCAGGAUACUCAAUUCCCAUGCAAAAUGGUUUCAUGUACUAUCAACAGCCAAUGGGAUACAGGCCUGUUCAUCGCACUAUGCACGGAGUUCACUACCAAAAUCAGCAACUGCAGGAUGCAGGUUUAGAAGGGCCAGUUCAAGACCCCUAUGUAGAUCCUCUGGCUGAUGCGUACCCAACGGAACAGUUCCCAGCUGAGGCCGAACCUCACUUUGAUGUCCCAUCUCCCCAUGAAGUUGAGGAAGUUGUACCUCUGGCUGAAGAACCAGUUGCUGCUCCAGUGGCCCCUGUCCCAGCACCUGCCCCAGAAAAGAAAAAGAAGAAGGUGAAUGUUGAUUCCGAUGACGAGGAUGCUCAAGUUGGACGUGCCAGUGGAUCUGCUGGACCAAACGUGUACUUCCCGUUGAACUUCGGAAACACUAAGGGAGGAGCUAUUGCGGUUGCCAACUCGUACAGUACCGGAAAAGAUGGAUCGGCCACCAGCACUGCCACUGCCUAUGGAAGCCCAGCUACCGCCGAACUGAGAAGAACCGCACCUGUACAGCUGAAGAGGAAACCUGCUAAAUUGCGUGCCCGCCAGAAUUAGAGCUGUGUAAAGUUUUUGUAUAGCUAUCAGUACAGUGAUUUAUAAUGAUAAGGUUUUAAUUUAUAUAAUUGGAUUCGAAUUCAUCCUUAAGUUCAAUGAAUGAAAGGACAUUUAGUUUUCAUUUAAUUUCCAAGUUUUGCACAAUGUGACCGAUAUUUACUAUGUAAAUACUCAAACCUGUAAUUAACAACAACCGAAUCGAUUCCUCAAAUAAAAGGCAGUUCAUCCAACGUUAA